UCUCGGGUAAAGGCGCCGAGCUCCAGUACCGGGUAUAACACCGUCGAGUCGAGAUAGCCAUCAGCUGCUGCUCCGUGGAGCGUUUUACAAUGCUACUCUCGCGGUGACUGAAACUUGGGCCCUUUGGUAUAAAGGUUGCGGCCCAAGCCGAUCGUGGCUCAGUCUGCAGAGGAGCGUGCGUGGAUUUCUUUUGGCUCGGUCAGGGGUUGCGGUGCAGAUCGAAUUCGGACUACAUUGGAGGAGACGUGUACGGCGGGUGAUCGGUGAUCAGGUGGAAAAUGCAUUUUCCGGCUUUCGACGAGUUCUACCAGCGAAUUCUGUUUCUGCUGCCGUUCGCCGCAAAUUUUAGGUCCAAUGAAAUCGAAUUCGACUACCAAUCUCCGGAGAGAUGGAGGGACAUUAGCAGACAGUGCGGAGGCUUGAAUCAAUCCCCUAUUGCGAUUAGCAGGCGCAAGGCUAUACCCCUCAGUUUGCCCCCUCUGGACUUCGGGGUUUACGACGAGUACUUCGAUGAUCUUGUAACAGUGAAAAACACUGGACACACAGUGGAGUUUAAGGUGCCCUCGACGGUUUAUGGAAUCAAACCCUAUGUCACAGGGUCUCUUCUUCCGCUGGAUUUCUACGAAGCCGAGAACGUCCACUUUCACUGGGGAUCCCCUCAGUCAAAGGGGUCCGAGCACAUGCUUAAUGGACAUCGCUAUGACCUGGAAAUGCACAUUGUACACCGGAAUACUAAAUACUUGACCCUUGAGGACGCAAUAAAUUACACUGAUGGAGUUACUGUUCUGGCAGUGCUCUUCAAGGUUGUGCGGACGGAUCCCACGUUCUACCAGCCCGGACUCAAAGAGCUCUACAAUUCGCUGCUCCACCUGGGGAACUCCAACAGCAGCUACACGGUGAGGGAGCGACUCUCCUUGGGAGCCUUGUUGGGCAACCUGGACCGGGGCAACUUCUACACGUACAAGGGCUCCCUGACAACGCCUCCCUGCGCUCCAGUGGUCCAGUGGCACGUGUUCGGCGAGGUCCUGCCCAUUUCGCACCAGGACCUGCCCAAGUUUUGGCAGCUGCGCGACAGGCGGGGAAGACCAUUGGUCAACAAUUCUCGUCCUCUGCAGGCGCAGGAGAACCGACUGAUCUUCCACCGACAACCCCAUCCGCCGCUGCAACGGGUUCACCUUCAGGACCUGAUCUGGUUGUAGCCACUAGUUUG